CAGAAAGUAUUGGGACGGAGUCUGGCAGGGAGAAGAGGCAGGGCAGGGGAGAUCGAAACACAGAGGGAGAGUGGCGCUGCUCCGAAGUCAUCCCUAAACACAUUUCAAUGACCAGGAGAGCUUGGGAAAAGCGCACUUUCCUGCCGGCGCACGAACGAGGCUACUUCCCUUGGAGGAGUUUCCACAAAGCAAUUUCGCCAGCCGGGAGCACUUUUGGGGAAGGGCAGAAUAAGACAACGAAAGGACUUCCCAGGUCUGUCGGAAAGGGACUUACUGGAGUGGAAAUCAGAGUGGCAUUUGGACGAGGAGUAAUCGAAGAGCCUGUAUUUUCUCCCCGCACCUACCCUUCUCCCUCCCCCCCUCCAGUAGAGAUGAACACAUUGCGUUUGCCUUCCCCAAACUAGUACGGCUACUAAGCUUCUCUCCCCCUCUCCGUUUCCCCAAGAAGCCCCCCCCCCACGUAAUAAUGACAAAGGAUUGCAAAGGGGAGAGUGGAUCGAGUUUCGCUGAGCGAUCCCCUUAACUGGAUUACUAAAUGGGACGCUCCAUCAGCUAGUCUUCUUAAGGCUUCCAAAUACAUGCACCGACGAGGGUGAAUUGAAGGAAUAGUUUCCCAGUUGAACUACUAUGAGGUCAGAAGCCUUGCUGCUAUAUUUCACACUGCUACACUUUGUUGGGGCCGAUUUCCCAGAAGAUCCUGAGCCAAUCAGUAUUUCACAUGGCAACUAUACAAAACAGUAUCCAGUGUUCGUGGGUCACAAACCGGGACACAACACUCCACAAAGGCACAGACUUGACAUCCAGUUGCUCAUGAUAAUGGACAGAACCCUCUACAUUGCUGCUAGGGACCAUAUUUAUACUGUUGAUAUGGAUUCAUCACAUACAGAAGAGAUUUAUUUUAGCAAAAAAUUGACAUGGAAAUCCAGACAGCUUGAUGUAGAUACAUGCAGAAUGAAGGGAAAACAUAAGGAUGAAUGUCAUAACUUUAUAAAGGUUCUUCUAAAACGAGAUGAUGAUACGUUAUUUAUUUGUGGGACAAAUGCCUUCAGUCCUUCCUGCAGGAAUUAUAAGAUGGAUACUUUGGAAUUUCUGGGAGAUGAAUUCAGUGGAAUGGCUAGAUGUCCUUAUGAUGCAAAGCAUGCCAAUGUCGCACUGUUUGCAGAGGGAAAGCUGUAUUCUGCCACUGUGACAGAUUUCCUUGCAAUAGAUGCCGUCAUUUACCGGAGCCUUGGAGACAGCCCGACGCUGCGGACAGUCAAACAUGAUUCAAAAUGGUUGAAAGAACCAUAUUUUGUUCAUGCAGUGGAUUAUGGUAACUAUAUCUACUUCUUCUUUCGGGAAAUUGCAGUGGAAUAUCACAGUAUGGGGAAGGUAGUUUUCCCCAGAGUAGCGCGGGUUUGCAAGAAUGACAUGGGUGGAUCUCAACGAGUGCUAGAAAAGCAGUGGACUUCCUUCCUGAAGGCACGAUUGAACUGUUCAGUACCUGGAGAUUCGCAUUUCUAUUUCAACAUACUGCAGGCAGUUACCGAUGUUACCGAUGUUAAUGGCCGGGACAUUGUCUUAGCAACUUUUUCUACCCCUUAUAACAGCAUCCCUGGCUCUGCUGUCUGCGCUUAUGAUAUUCUCGACAUUGCCAGUGUAUUUACUGGAAGAUUCAAAGAACAAAAAUCUCCAGAUUCAAUAUGGACACCAGUUCCUGAGGAAAGAGUGCCUAAACCCAGACCGGGUUCCUGUGCAGGCUCCAGUUCACUUGAAAAAUACACAUCCUCCAAUGAAUUUCCAGAUGACACACUAAAUUUCAUCAAAACACAUUCUCUCAUGGAUGAAGCAGUACCAUCAGUUGUGAACAAGCCAUGGUUUCUCCGUACUAUGGUUAGAUACCGCUUGACGAAAAUUGCUGUAGAUAAUGCUGCUGGCCCGAAUCAGAACCAUACUGUGGUUUUUCUUGGAUCAGAGAAAGGAAUUAUUUUGAAGUUCUUAGUCAGGACAGGGAACAGUGGUUUUCUAAAUGACAGCCUUUUCCUGGAGGAGAUGAGCAUUUACAACUCUGAAAAGUGCAGCUAUGAUGGGGUGGAGGACAAGAGAAUUAUGGGCAUGCAACUGGACAAGCAAAGCCGUGCCCUCUAUGUAGCAUUUUCAAACUGUUUGAUAAGAGUUCCUCUGGGAAGGUGUGAGCGUCAUGGCAAAUGCAAAAAGGCCUGCAUAGCUUCUAGGGACCCAUACUGUGGAUGGAUGAAAGAAAGUGGAGCAUGCAUGCAGCUUCUACCUGGAGCAACAUUGGCCUUUGAGCAGGACAUAGAACAUGGCAAUACUGAUGGCUUAGGUGACUGCCAAAAUUCGUUCGUAGCACUGAAUGGACACUCCAGUUCGCUACUUCCCAGCAUGUCUACUUCAGAUUCUCCAGCCCAACAGGGUUAUGAUGCUGGAGGGCACGUACUAAAUUGGAAGGAUCACAUUGGCUCAUCUGAGAAUACCAAUCCAUAUGUGGCUGUUUCGUCCCAUAAUCACCAAGAGAAAAAGGGAGUGAUCCGUGAGAGUUAUCUCAAAGGGCAUGAUCAGUUGGUGCCUGUCACCCUCCUGGCUAUAGCAGUCAUUCUUGCCUUUGUCAUGGGAGCUGUCUUCUCGGGGAUCAUAGUGUACUGCAUCUGUGACCAUCGGCGUCGAGAUGUGACCAUUGUGCAGAGGAAGGAGAAGGAGCUGGUCCAAUCUCGUCGAGGCUCAAUGAACAGUGUCACCAAGCUCAGUGGUCUCUUUGGAGACACUCAGUCCAAAGAGCCAAAGCCUGAAGCCAUUCUCACCCCUCUCAUGCACAACGGUAAGCUUGCUACUCCGGGAAGCACAGCCAAGAUGCUCAUCAAAGCUGACCAACAUCAUCUGGACUUGGCUGCUCUACCUACUCCAGAGUCCACCCCAACACUUCAGCAGAAGAGGAAGCCAAGCCGUGGCAGCAGAGACUGGGAGAGAAACCAGAAUCUCAUCAACGCCUGCACAAAAGAUAUUCCCCCUAUGGCAUCACCGGUGAUUCCUACAGACCUUCCUCUCAGGGCUUCCCCCAGUCACAUCCCAAGCAUUGUAGUCCUGCCUAUUUCUCAGCAAAGCUAUCAGCAUGAAUAUGUUGAUCAGCCUAAAAUGAGCGAUGUGGCACAGAUGGCCAUGGAGGACCAAAAUGCUACUCUCGAGUACAAAACCAUAAAAGAGCAUCUCAGUGGCAAAAGCCCAAACCACGGGGUGAAUCUUGUGGAAAACUUGGAUAGUAUGCCACCAAAAGUCCCCCAGAGGGAAGCUUCUCUUGGUCCCCCUGGGUCCUCUCUUGCUCAGAGCAGUCUGGGAAAGCGACUGGAGAUGCAUUCCUCUGCUUAUAACGUGGACUACAAGAGAAACUACCCCACGAACUCGCUUACGAGAAAUCACCAAACAUCAACACUCAAAAGAAAUAACACUAAUUCUUCUAAUUCCUCCCAUCUUUCAAGAAAUCAGAGUUUUGGCAGGGGAGACAACCCUCCUCCUGCCCCACAAAGAGUGGACUCCAUACAAGUCCAUGCUACUCAGGGUCAGACUGUGACUGUUUCUAGGCAGCCCAGUCUCACCACAUACAACUCGCUGACAAGAUCAGGGUUGAAACGCACACCAUCGUUAAAACCAGAUGUACCCCCCAAGCCCUCCUUUUCCCCUCUUUCAGCAUCCAUGAAGCCUAAUGAUGCAUGUACAUAAUCACCGUGGGGUGGGGGGGGACAGCUGUGUAUCAUGGAAUAUCCUUAAAAACCAGGAUUCAGCAAUGGCAAUGCUAGUUUCAACUGACCAAGAAACUGCAAAGCUGAAGAACAUUCUGCUCUGGGAAAAAGUGGAAUAUUUUUAAGGAAUUGGGCCAUACAGUCUAUGGUUUGCAACUGUAGGACCCACCCCCACAAUACAACAGCUCUUCAUUCAAAAGACUAAUUGCAAACAUUGAGCCAAAAGCACACACACACGAAAGAUGACUGUGAUCCUUCACUUUUAACUGCACAGAACAUCCUAGAACUGGGAAAUGAGUGCUUUGAAAGCAAAAAAUGACCUGAGAAAGGAAUAACUCACAAAAAGACAAAAGGAACCCAUUGUUUAAGCUAACUCUUACUGAACCAUGACAGACUCUUACUGUAUGCAGGUACUGUGAAAGCCCAUCAGUGUUACAGCCUUUUGAUUAUAGCAGAUUUGCCAUGUUGGGCAAGAACAACUCUGUCAUAGGUUAUUGCUACUCUUCUCUCUUAAUGAAUAACAUGUGACUGUUAACGCAAGUAAUUAUGAUUAUUUAUUGUUCAUCUUUUUUGUCUUUUUUUAAAUCCUAAGGAAAUCACUUAUGCCUACCAUCAUAUGAGCAACUCUUUCCAGAAGGAAAAACAAAAUACAUUGAAAAUUAUGCCUAUUUAACGAGAAACCCCAUUAACUAGAGUAAUUAAAACUCCUUUUAUUUUUUCCAAUAAAUUCACUGAGUUAAAUAAGUCGGUGAUGGAAUUCUGAACUUUUCUGUUUGAACUCCUUGGUCUUGUAUGGAAAGCUAACUAGAGGGAAAUGCUUACUUCAGUGUCAGUCCAUUCUGCAGGCUGGCUUCCAACUUUUAAGGUCAGGUUGCAGACCAAGGAAGAAACCUCCCACUGUGCCAUUUUUCCCUAAAGUUUUUUUCUUCCUAAAAUACUAAUGUCUUACAAAAUAAACUCUUUGAACGCUCCACUUCCAGGCCUCGCUGUCAUGAACACAAUUUUUGUCAGUAGUUGAUCCUUUCUGUGAAGGCACCCACUCGAUCUCUGCCAUCUCAUUUCAUCCUUGCAUGGGAGAUGGCAAACCGACAAACAAAAAUGCACAGUGCAUUUUUCAUCCGCACACUGGUUUCCCCCCAGGCAUAGUUUUCAGUUCUAUCACACUGAGUUUGUUUUGAUGAGAAUACAUCUGUUUUUUCCCCACAUGUAAAUUUGUGCCUUACACCUUCAGUUGUGUAUAUUUGUGAACUAUAGUAUGUACAAUCGUUUCCCUUCUCCUUCAAAUAAAUCAGAUAUUUAUUUAUC